AUGUUCGAUUGGAAUAAGAGAGUGAAUGUUGUUAAAGGUGUGGCUAAUGCUUUGUCCUACAGGCACCAUGAAUGCUAUCCUCCUAUAAUUCAUCGAGACAUAUCGAGCAAGAACAUUUUACUAGACGAAGAAUAUGAAGCUCACGUCUCGGACUUUGGCACUGCUAAGGUUCUAAAACAUGAUUCAUCCAACUGGACUUCAUUUGCAGGCACAUUUGGAUAUGCAGCUCCAGAACUCGCCUACACAAGGGAAGUGAACGAGAAAUACGAUGUCUAUAGUUUUGGAGUCGUAGCAAUGGAAGUGAUAAUGGGAAGACAUCCGCAAGAUCUCAUAUCAUCUCUCUUGUCCACAUCUCUACCAUCAUCGAGUGAUUCGACAAUCCCACAUUGCUCACUGAAAGAAGUUUUGGAUAAGAGGGUUCCGUACCCUGAGGGCGAUUUGCUAGGGGAAGUGGCUCUCAUGACAAAGAUCGCAUUGUCAUGCUUGAGUCCCAAAUCGGAGCAUCGUAUGAGCAUGUGA